CCUUUUUGCACUUGGAAAACUUGAAAAAACCAGGGAAGUAUUUUCAAGUACAUGACAUUUUGAGGUAUCACAGCAAUUGCACAUGAAAUAGAUUGUGGGCUAUUGGAAUAAGCUGUGGUUCAUUUAUCACCUCUGCAAACAGCUCCAGCUGAGCAGUUGUGUCCCCACCACACAAGCUCAAACUGCCAAAGCCACAGCCUGUCCAUCCUUCCUGGGACGUGCCCCUGCCUGCCAGGGCUCUUCUGCAACCAAAACCAAUUUCCUAAGAAGUUAAAAGGCAGCUCACUUGUUGCUCACCCACUGCCACCCUCGGCUUUGGGGUUUGUGCAUCUCUGACACCCUGCUGGGAUGGAUUCACCCUGCCUCAAACUGUGCCCUGCCCGUGCUGGGCCCCUCUCCAGCUCAGACAGUAACUGGGGUCCAGCCAGAGCACCAGGAUUUCCCUGGAACAAUCUCCAGCCACCCUGAGCCUGCUCCCCCAGCAGCCCACAGGCCCUGGGCAGGUCAGGUCCCAGUAAUGCCCAGGAAGGGAUGUGCCUCAUGCCCACUCCCACCCAGAACUCAUUCUGCACAUAUUUUGCACCUACAUGUGGAGAGAGAGUGGCAAUUAGGCAGGAGCUGCUUUCCCUGAUCAGGUGAGCUGUCCAGACAACAGACACACAGACACGCCUGUCCCUGGGGUGGGUGUGCACAGGUACCUGCUGCCUCUGGCAGCAUCAAGAGCUCAGCUGGGAACAAAACAUGGAAGGCACUGCCUUGUGCACCAGUCCUGGGCAUGGCAGUGGACUGUGACACCUGUGGGGAACAGAAGGAGGUCUGGUGGCCAGGGACACAUCACACUGGUGGCAGUGCUGAGGGUGACUGAAGUCCAGCCAUCCUCAGGGCUGCUUGCUCUCAGCAGCCUUUUAACACUGCCACCAGCACCCACAUUACCCAAAACGUCCCAGGUCCUGAUGCACAGGCUCCCUGCCCAGCUGCAGCCUGAGCAUGUCCUGGAGCAAUCCACACCUGCCCCCGGAGAUGGCCUGGGCAGGAGCCACUGCCCACAUGGCAGCGAGCCCUGAGCCAGGGCUGUCCCAGCAGCAGGCAGCAAGAAACCCACACAAACAGCUCUGCUCAGAGAAACGCACCCAAUUCCAGCCUACACCCAACAAACAUCAUCAGUCCACAGCUCUCCACACAGCAGCAGCUCCUGCCAGCACCAGGAAGGGGCUGUGAGCAGCACGGUGCAUCCCCUGCCUGCAUGGGCCAAAAACCCCAGGAAUCCACUCUGGAGAGCCAGAGCCAAGCCCAGGCCCUGUGCCAGGGGCAGGAGAGGGGGCAGUCCCCGAGCACCACUGCCAGGUGGCUCUGAGCAGACUCUUGUAAUGCUUUGGCAAUGACUGGUGCCGUCCAGAACGUGGAAUUCACACACAAACAACUAGGAGCUCCAUUUGAGGGUUAUUCUGGAGUGCUGUCAGGAAACACUCUGUGUUUGCUCAUCCUACCAGCCCAGGUGUAGCAGGUCUGUCCCAUGCACACACAAACCCAGAAAUGUGUCUGUCUUGAGAGGCAGGGUCAGGUUUCCUUUCCCAGCUUAGGAGCAGAUGGUGUGCUUUCUCACGCAGAGCAAAGGGAAGAGACAAAAGCUACAGCAAAUGUGACUAACUCAGGCGACACUGGAAAUGAGGAAGGAAACCACACACCAACAGAAAAAGGUCUCAUCUUUCUACACAUUUCCCCACUGUUAACACUUUGCUCGAGGCUUCUGCUGGCAGAGGAGCAGCGGAUGAGAAGGGGACAGCCACAGAGGGCUCUGUGACAGCUGCUGCAGGUUUGUCCAGUCUGUUUCCAGUGAUGGGAGACCCUGCAAACACGAGCUCUGUGGGUAACAGCAGUGGGGCACCCUCCUCUGCACAGUGCCACCGUGACACCACCGUCACCCACGUGCUCUUCCCAGUGCUCUACACCCUCAUCUUCCUCCUGGGACUCGUGCUGAACAGCCUGGCUUGCUGGGCUUUCUUCCACAUUCCAAGCACAUCAACCUUCAUUGUCUACUUGAAAAAUAUCUUGGUUUCUGAUUUUCUAAUGACCCUGAUGCUUCCCCUGAAGAUCCUGACGGACUCUGGCCUGGCACCGUGGCAGCUCAAGGCCUUUGUCUGUCGCUUCUCAGCCGUGAUAUUCUAUGACACCAUGUACAUCAGCAUAGUGCUGCUGGGGCUCAUUGCUCUCGACAGGUUUCUCAAGAUUGUGAGACCUUUUGGGAAGUUCUGGGUGCAAAAUCUGACCUCAGCAAAGAUCCUGGCAGCUCUGGUCUGGCUCUUCUUCCUUGUUCUCUCCCUGCCCAACAUGGUCUUGUCCAACAAGACAGCGACGCCCCAGUCCGUGAGGAAGUGUGCCUCCUUGAAGAGUCACCUCGGGCUCAAAUGGCACGAAGCCGUCAACUAUGUCUGCCAGUUCAUCUUCUGGACCGUCCUCAUCCUCAUGCUGCUGUUUUAUAUCAUUAUUGCCAAAAAGGUGUACGAGUCUUACAUAAAAACACAGAAGAAAGGCAACAGAAGCGAAAAACGGAUCAAGGGAAAAGUAUUCAUCAUUUUUACCGUGUUCUUCCUGUGCUUUGCCCCCUUCCACUUCAGCAGGGUGCCCUACACUGUGAGCCAAACCAGUGCCCACAUGGACUGCCGCCUGCAGAACCAGCUCUUCGUGGCCAAAGAGAGCACCCUGUGGCUGGCAGCCACCAACGUCUGCAUGGACCCCCUCAUCUACCUGUUCCUCUGCAAGCCCUUUGUGGAGAAGGUCUUCUGCAGGAGGGUGAAGGCUCUGCAGAGAACAGUCCAGACAAACCCAAAAACAGAACUGGACACACGAGUAUCUCCUACUGAGUCUUGAUUCUGCAGCCGCACCCUCUGCUCUGCAUGUUCGUAAAAAACUUGAAAAAUAGUUUGGUUUACUGCUGCUGAAGAACACAAAAGGGUGUUCGCCAAGUAAUAUUAACACUCAAUAAAUGCAGCAAAAUGGAUUUUCUAAGAACACUCACUGCGUAGCCUUAAUGGCCAAAAGGCUCUUGUUCAAACUGCCUAUGACAAUCCACAGGUCAAUUCUAUCUGCUUUAAACUAAAACAACUCACUUGCUAACACCUGAGCAGCUCACUGACUCUGGCUGCUCCGAAGGGCAAUUCAGCUUUAUUUGGGAGUAAACCCCGGAGCUGGUGAGUGUGCAUGUCAGUGAUUCCUGCCCUGAGUGCCAGCUUGGCUGCACACCAAGAGUAGGGAAGAGGAGGAACAGCGGGAAGGACUCGGUCCCUUCCCGUCCCUCCUCGCCUCUCUCACACAUGUCAUUACUUUCGUGCCCCCCAGGCUGCUCACCACCCUUCCUCUGCUCCCGAGCACCCUGCUGGAGGGCAGUGCUGGCAGCACCCCGGCUCCCCAGGACAUGCUCCUUGCCUGGGGGAGCAGAGCAGCCAGGCCUGCAUCCCCCACCCCAGAGCCAUGCGAGCUCAGCCCCUCCCUCCCUCACCAGGAAGGAACUCCCAGAGAUGUCCCCCUUGGUGGCACCUUCACCUUCCCAGUCCCAACAGCAGGCCAGGAGCAGGGGACACUGCCUGAGCCUCGCCAUCCAGAGAAUCCCUCUCCACCAGACCACUCACACAGCCCUCCCCUGGCUGUCCCACAGGGACUGUGCCUGCUUUCUAACCCCAGAUUCUGGAAUUGAUGUCACUGUUUCAAGACAGCAGUGUCCCUUAUCCCAAACCAUCCUUCUCCUCCAGCUCUCCUGCCAGCUUACCCUCUCUCACACGUGCCAGACGCUUUGAUCACCACUUGACUGCUAUUUUUAGAAAUUCAUUGUUUACAGCAGCCUAAUCCAAUCCAGCAGGUUGCUCCAUACAACUUGAUUUUCUCAAAGCUGCUUUAGAUUGCUGUGCAUUAAUUAUAUCUGCCUCUGGGGUUCCUCAGCCUCUGCUACACAGGGAGAUGUAUGUCUUAUUUAGCAACUUCACCCACUACAUCUUCUUCACCAGGCAUGUUACAUACCUUGCACAGCUGUAACACCUUCCUAACUGGAAACUGAACUAAUCUCCAAUGAGCUUUCAAUUGAUUCUGAAUUCCCCAAUAAAUCAGUGUUAUCUCA